AUCCAUAUCUAACGACUAUAAAUUCUCUGCACACAAAUCCCUCCAUUCAAUCCAGCUAAACCGCUUUUUCAAAACCACUCACUUCACUCUCCAGAUAGCACAAUACACCCCUGCAAUUCAAUCCUUCUGGAAAAAUAAGAAUGGCACUCUGUGCUACAGCCUUCACAUCUCCUAGAUGUCCUUUCACCUAUCACAAACCAGUUUUUCGCUCUAAACCCACUUCUUUGUUACCAUUUUCUUGUUUUUGUUCUUUGUCGCGUGAUAAAGAUCCAAUGCUCUCAUCGAGUUCUGAUUACACAAGAAAGAAAUGCCUAUUUGAUGUGGGUAUUGGGCUUUUAGCAGCUUCAGUUCUUGCUUUCUCAGCAAUGGAUGCUGAUGCCACUAGGAUUGAGUACUACGCUACCGUAGGAGAUCCUUUAUGUGACUUCAACUUUGUUCGCUCUGGUCUUGGUUAUUGUGAUAUUUCUGUUGGGUCUGGUGAGGAGGCUCCAUAUGGUGAGCUCGUUAAUGUACAUUACACUGCCAGAUUUGCAGAUGGGAUAGUUUUCGACAGCAGCUAUAAACGUGGUAGACCUCUCACCAUGCGCAUUGGCGUUGGAAAAGUCAUUAGAGGAUUGGAUCAGGGAAUUCUCGGUGGUGAAGGAGUACCACCUAUGCAAGUCGGUGGGAAACGUAAGCUUCAAAUUCCUCCACAUUUAGCAUAUGGGCCAGAACCUGCAGGAUGCUUUUCAGGUGACUGCAAUAUCCCUGCCAAUGCAACUCUUGUAUAUGAUAUCAAUCUUGUUGGCAUCUACUCAGGAAAUAGAAAGUGAAGUCCAUGAUCACAUGACUAGCCCAAUUUAGAAUGCAAAUUGAAGACUUAUAGAGCAUGGAUCAAAUUUAUGUCCGAGUAUGAUGAUGGUUCUUGCACAUAUAAGAGAAUGGGUAUUACUUAGCUCUGCAUACUUGGAGGAGGGGAUUCUUCUAUUGUCUUUGUCGCGCAAAUGAAGUUAUACGAGUCAGUUCCUUUCAUUUCUAAAUUGCAAGAGAUGUAAAUUCUGUACCUAAUUAGUUUUAGCUCUUAUUUAUAUAGUUUUGUCAAGCUUUUUGUAUUACUGUUUACUUGAAUUACGCAUAUAUCAAGCCUUACAUGCUAGAAAGCUGUCUUUUCAAUGUC